CCCGCGAGAUGAGAUUUGUGACGUAUGAAUUAGCAGGUCUAGGAACUAGACGGUAACGACGCUACAAGGCUUUUAAGCAGCGAUCCGGGACUGCGGGUUGUGUUAAGUAAAGGCUGUUCCGGUUUCACAGGGAGUGUUGAGCGAUUGAUAGAACUCCAGUAAUCCGUACCACAGAAAACUGAGGUUGACACCCCACGUGUACGACACGUAAGUGAGUUUUGAAAUCAUGAAUCCUGUUUACAGCCCUGGUUCUUCUGGGGUUCCAUAUGCUAAUGCCAAAGGGAUUGGUUAUCCUGCAGGCUUCCCAAUGGGCUAUGCUGCAGCUGCUCCUGCAUAUUCUCCUAACAUGUAUGCUGGACCAAAUCCUGCUUUCCAACAAGAGCUAGAACAUCCGGCACAUGUGUCUUCAGGUGUGCAAAUGUUCAUGUUCGGGCACGCGUUCUCUGUUGCGAGAAACGGUGCAAUUCCUUCAGGGUACACACCAGGUACACCAUACAAAGUGUCAUGUUCACCCACUAGCGGGACGGUACCACCUUAUUCUUCUUCCCCAAAUCCUUACCAAACGGCAGUAUACCCAGUACGAAGUGCCUAUCCUCAGCAGAAUCCAUAUGCACAGCAAGGGGCAUACUACACACAGCCUUUUUAUGCAGCUCCCCCUCAUGUAAUUCACCACACUACUGUUGUGCAGCCCAAUGGAAUGCCUGCAACAAUGUAUCCUGCUCCAAUACAAUCACCCAGAGGCAAUGGAGUGGCUAUGGGGAUGGUGGCUGGAACAACCAUGGCAAUGUCAGCAGGUACUUUGUUGACCAGCCACUAUCCAACUCCUGUAGCUCCUCAAGUCACUAUGCCAACAUAUCGGCCUCCAGGGACUCCAACGUAUAGUUAUGUCCCACCACAGUGGUGAUAAGCCUAACAGUGUUUAAAGAUGGAAGAAAUGCAAGCAAGUUGAGGCUUAACAGAUGAUGCUGAUGCUUUUAAACCUCUAGUGAGAAGUUUCUUCCUUCUGAAUUCUCUCAACACUUUGCCUAACACUAAUUCAGGAUCUCUGAAGAUUUCCAUGACUGCUUAUCUUAACAUCUUGGAACUCUAGUGGUCGUCUUAAAACGAAAAUCCUGUUUUGUGGACAGUCUUGCAAUUUUUUUAGCUAAUUAUUAUGAUUAAAAAAAGGGAGUACAACGUUGUCUCAGUCCAUAUCUAGUUGAAUGCAUGUUAAGUACAGAAAUGACGCUUGCUCGGUUUAAAGCAGUGACAUAUGCAAAAACAAACAUCUUAUGCAAAAGGAACUGAGAGGAGCUCAGUAAGACCUUGUACUACAUAAGCAUUGAUUGUGCAUGCAAGGUCCUAUGAUCUAGAGGUAAGACUAACCAUUCCAGCAUGUUCAUUUUUAGUGUUGCUCACAUUGGAGAUUGUUGCUAGUUCAAUGGUGCCAUGUUUUAAUAACGUGAUUUCCAUCCUCAAACUAGUGUAACCUACGAAUUCAUUUAGUCUCUGGAAAUGUUGCGUUUUUUCUUUUUCGUUUGCUGGUUUUGUGUUACAGUAGGAAUAGUGUCAAGAAUUUGUUGCCCCCAUUUCUGGAGACAAAAGGUUGAUGUCACCAGUUCCGUUUCUGACUUUUUCCUCCACUACAAUCAUCAACCAGAUUAAUUGUACGGAUUAUAUAAGCAACAAUUUACAGUCCGUGUAAAAAAAAAAAAAUACAUUUAUUUAUAGGAUUAUUUUAUAAACCAGCGAACCUGCUUCUAUCAUUCCAUAGAAGAUUUUUGCUUUUGGAUUGGGAGAUGACACUAAACGUUUCUGUGAGUCGCACCAAUUUUGGAGAGAGAACGAUGUUCUUCUGUCAAUCUGAUACUGACCUCAACCUUUUUCUUGUUAAUGCAGCGCUUUUUUCUUCCUAUUUGUACAGAACCAUUUUUUUGUUUUUUAAACAAGGUUUUGGUGUGGCGCAGUUGACCCUUUUUUUUAUUUUUUUGUUUUUUUUGGUUCAGUUAUGUACUCAAGUAUAGCAAGUAAUAUUUCCUAAAUGUUAAUGUGUUGACAUUUGCAUCUCUUGUCAUUUUACACACAGCCUUUAAACCCACAGUUGGCCUGCUAGGUAGCCAGUGGCUAUAAGAAUAUUAGUCAUGUAACGAUGGCAUCUCUUAACAAGGUACCUUUUUUUUUUUUUUGCUAUUGCACAGUUGAUGGAUGGUCUGCCUUUUGUAUUAGUUUAAGUGCAGGUCACAUGACCAUUUUUCUCUUUACAUGCGCUGUUUUACCUACAUUUUUAAUUUUUUUUUGUACAUUUCUUAGUUUUAUGUUAUGAUCUGACUGCCAUUGCACUCAACCCUUACCUAUUGGAAAUAAUGGCACUGUACCUGAAAGCGAUUAGAGUAUUGUGUGGCAUAUGAAUAGGCAUGCACUUGUGUCUGUACAUAUGUUCAUGCUUUUUGUAGGCAGAUUAAUUUCUGUAUCACUCUUUAUUAAUUGCGUUCAAUACCUAUCCGACCUUGGUAAUUCAUGUGUGUAGAGGACUUUGUCAUUUUUCAUUUGUCAUCAUGGGGUAAAUUAGAGCAGCCAUGAUGUUGUUUUGUGGGUAUGAAUCUGCAAUCUUCAUGUAUGUUUGCAUGGCUCACCCUUUCUUCCUACUGGAAGUACUCACCGAUUCUUGUAUCAGUCCUGCCUAGUAAUUCCCUUUUCACAUUUUGCUUUUCAAAGACAUAGAACGUACCAAUCACACUAUCCUGGGGCAAAGCAACCACCUUUUCUUUUCCACUUAUUUACAUGAUUAAGAGCACUUCCACAAAGCAAAUGUCUGUCUAAAUAAAACGCAGAUAUGCAUUUAGGGUGAACAUUUAUCUGGCACAGGAGGGUUUUCUUUUAACAAAACACAAAGAAGUAAUGAAAGGUGUAGGUUUGGUUUUUACUUUAAGUAACAUUUCACAUUGUCUGAAUUCUUUAAAUAGGAUGUAGAAGAAGCUGCUGGCUACAUAAUAAAGGGAAAGGCCUUGCACUCCUGGGAUCCCUAUAAAACCUGCCCUUGUUCAGUAUAAAGUGAGCUGCGCUUGAUUGGUAACAAACAGGACACAUUGCAGAUGCUGGUUUGUUUUUUUAUUUGGUUGGAACGGUUACAAAUAUGCUCAAAAAGUUGGCCUGCUCAUUUUGGUCUCCUUUUACUUUUGUAGAUGCAAUAUAGCAAGGGCCAUAUGCCUGUCUCAGAUCACACAUUCAAAGGGAAACCAUUUACCUUUCUCUCCAUGGCAAAAAUAGCAAUGCUCCUCUAACUGUUUUUCUCUUUAAGAAGAGUUGAUUCCCAAAUGUACUAAAACUUUGUAAACAUUCCGUUCAUGGUAGAGAUGCCAUUUUCCUUAUCAUAACUUACACCAUUUACGUUUCUUUUUCUCUAUGACAGUCUAGUGAAUCUAUACUCAUUUUAAUCUGCCCAAGCAUUUACAAUAUGAAUAUAGUUUGCCAACUUCCAUUCCUGUUUUCCCUCCUCCUUUUUUACUCUACAGAUUCAACAUUUCCAUGGCAGCCAUUCGGAAUAAUGAUUCCUUUCCUUAACUCACAUAGGAAAUAAAUGGAUUUGCUAAUAAGCCAAUAUGUUUAUUAUUUAUUACCUGUUUAUUUACUGGUCAGGAUAAGUUCAUUAUAGGUAUAAAUAUCUAUAAUGUAGGAAAGCUGUUGGGUUAAAGCUGACCAUUUACCUGAUUUUCACAAAGCAGUGCUGAGCUCUGGUUUUUUUUUUUUUUUUCCUAUAACUGAAAUAAAUUUGGAGGGUUAGAUUAGGAGAACUAUUGAACUAUCUAAAACUAAAAUGUAGAAAUGAGCCUUGUCUCAAAAAAAAAAACAAGAACAUAAUUGGUAAAAAUUCUGCACUGCUUCUGAAAUGAUCUUCAGUUUUACCCUCUCAGCAGACCACACUCCAAUAUAUUUGAUCAGCCAAUCAAUAUCGGACUAUAUUUCUAUAAGCUUUGCAACAUAAUUUUUUUUUUCUUUUUGUAGAAUGUAAAAGUUUUUCUUUAAAGGCGGUUUUUAUAUGUAGGUUAAUGUUGUCUUCCAAAAAACAAAGCACCGUAUAGACAUGAGGCAGAUGCUCUGAAUGCCGUGGGUUGGAGAGAGAUAUUCUGAGCCAAUUCAAUUAUGGAAACGUUUUUGUAUAAUGUGAUUAGAUGAGCUCAGAUUCUGAAUUCUUUAAAAGCACGUUUAUUGUAACGAAGAAUUGUUCUGUAUUAAUACUGUUUUGAAUAAAGAUUGACUUGUGUUGCUUA